AGCAUUUAACAUAACCCCGCGUCCUUUAAACGCAGCUUUUGUGUUCACGCAAGCUUUUAUAUAAAACCCACCCACCCAUCCAUCAAACAAACCCAAACACCCACCAACACACACAGAUAUGCAGAUUUUCGUCAAAACCCUAACCGGUAAAACCAUAACUCUCGAAGUCGAGAGUAGCGACACCAUCGACAAUGUCAAAGCCAAGAUCCAGGACAAAGAAGGUAUCCCACCAGACCAACAGAGGUUAAUCUUUGCUGGGAAGCAAUUAGAGGAUGGGCGAACACUCGCUGACUACAACAUCCAGAAAGAAUCAACACUUCAUCUUGUUUUGAGAUUGAGAGGAGGAACUAUGAUCAAGGUUAAGACUCUUACAGGGAAAGAAAUCGAAAUCGACAUCGAACCGACUGACACGAUUGAUAGAAUCAAGGAACGUGUUGAAGAGAAGGAAGGAAUCCCGCCUGUGCAACAAAGGCUGAUAUAUGCCGGGAAGCAACUUGCAGAUGACAAAACAGCAAAGGACUACAACAUUGAAGGGGGGUCUGUACUUCAUCUUGUUCUUGCGUUAAGAGGUGGUGGUUGCUAAUCGAACGACCUUCCUCCCGCAGCUAUCAUGUUAAUGUUAUGCUAUACAUAAUUGAUGUGCAUUCGACCAUAUGACAUGUCUUGUCUGAUGACAAUGUUAUUUGUGUUUACAUUUUGACUACUAUAUGAUCUGCUUUUAUUCUUGUGUUUUUGCA